AUUCCUGCUUCCAUAGGUGGUAGGAGAAUGCAGUGAAGCCGAAAUCCGUGACCUUCAAGUGCCCAUCCUCAUCCAGGAGCAAAUUCUCCGGCUUCAAGUCGCGGUGGUAGACCCCUCGGCUGUGGCAGAAAUCUAUGGCGGAAAUGAGCUGCUGGAAGUAAUUCCUCGCCAAUUCCUCGCAUAGGCGGCCUUUGGAGAUCUUGGUGAAGAGCUCGCCGGUCGCCGCGGAUUACCGAUUUGCGAAAUCAAGAAACGAAGCGUUAGUUGGAGCGAAGGGUUCGUAACGGCGGCGGAAUUGAUCGGAGAAGCGUGAACGAUGAGGAGUGGAUAAUGAGGGAGGAGUUCUAGUUAUCAGAGUUUAAAGAAGCAAAUUCGCGGCGAAUUUUUGCGAUUGCCGGAUAUCCAAGAAUUGACUUAUAGGGUGCAGAUUUCGGGUGGGGAAAGGCGGAGAAGGUGGAGUUUGUGUCCAUUGAUGCCGGAAAUUCAAUGUCUCUUUGUAGGUGCAGGGAUUCAAAAGGUGAUAUUGAGGUUGGGUUGGCAAUGCCCAGAGCUAAAAUGGAAGUUUUUGCUUCCGGAAUGCAGGUUCCGCGCGUGAUAAGACAAAAGGGAUCAAUUUCUUUGCCGAUCUUCUCAUCUCCCUGCAUUCCCUAGCCGCCGACGCAACUUCUUCAAUUUAAUGGGAUUAAUUUCUGACCGGAGCGAUGUAAGACGAUGACUAGUAGAUGUAAGGGUGCAUUUGGCGGUGAUGCCGGAUAUAUUGGGUGGAUCCCAAAAUUGCAUGCAUGAAUAAGUGGAUAUAAGGGAGGGAAAAGCGUAAGGUUGGAGUCCGAAUUUGUGAAUAUCAAGACUUGCAGGGAUAUCAUUCGAUUUUUGAUCAAAAUUCGGAGGGUUGACAUCCGUUUUUUGAUUAAAAUGCGGAAUUUUAAUUCCCAACCACCGCCCCACCCACCGCCCCAAACCCCAAUGCGCAUUUUGAAUAAAUUGGCGAUUUUAAUUUCCCAAUAACCGUCCCAAACCCCAAUGCAUGGUGUUGGUCAAACCCAAAGCUUUUGCAGACACUUUCCCUUCCCAAUGAAACUUUAAUUUAAAUGUUAAACAGCUUUAUUGGACUUUUCCCCCAUGAUGUUACAAUGCAUGCAUGCUUAUUUCGGAUGUAUGAGUAUAAAAUGUAGAAUGCUCCACAAUUGCAUUUGUUCUACUGAUUCGGAUUCAUAGGCAUACAAAGCUGUUCUCUCUCCACAUAUUUGUUUGUUCUACUGAUUGCGAUUCAUAGCCAUUUCACAAAGCUGUUCUCUCUCAACAUAUUUGUGUUAUUCAAAGGUUCUUCCCAAGCCACUUCUCAAGCAUUUAGAUUGGAUCAGCACUGCAUCUUCCCAAAUAUCUUCUCAAACAUCUUCCCAUACAUCUACAGUUUGCAAUAUUGAGGAAUGGCUAACAACAGGCGAGUGCAUCCCGGGCCACUACAAGAGGGUUCGUUACCAUUUCAAACCCGUCACCGUAGUAGGGCAAUUUGGACGGAUCCAACGUACGACUUUCAACUUAAAGCCGUUAAAUACGAUAUGUUGACUAGGUGUGCAGCCGUGAAUGAUGAUAGAGUCAAAGCAUGGCUGCGAGUUGCUGGUUUGUACGGUGUUUCUCAGUUGCCCAAGAUUCAGUUGGAUCAUGGGCUUAUUACUGCCCUUCUAGAGCGAUGGAGGCCGGAGGUCCACGCUUUCCACUUGCCCUUCGGUCCCGUCUUACCAGUCACCGAUACCACCUACAACAACUGCAUUCGCAUACGGCUUUACGGAGAGGGACGAUGAUGAAACCCUAUCAUACGACCCCUCCACAAAUGUUAUUGCAAAAGGAAUGGUAUUCCCGGAUUUUCCAACCCUAAAAAAAGCAGUAGGAACAUACAAUAUGCUGCACGGGCGGGACUACAUCACCAACCACAAAAAAAGGGCAAAUUGGAAGGUCUCCUGUACACAUUAUAUCUCAACACCAUCUUGCCCGUGGACAUUAUCCGCAAAGAAGUUGCAUGGGGCGUCUACUGAAUGGCAGGUCACGAAGUACACUCAGCCCCACGAGUGCACUGUUCAAUUCAACCAGCGGCCGGCGGACAAACUGUGCACCAGCUCGUUAAUAUGUGAUCUGAUCUUUCCAAAGAUCACUGCGGAUCCACAGUACAAAAUAAAACACAUCCAAGUAGAUGUGAGACAACGAUUUGGUGUCGACAUUUCGUACCGGAAAGCUUGGUAUGCCAGACACAAAUGCAUUGAAAUGCAGUACGGGAAUUACCAGCAGUCAUACAAUGAGCUACCACAAUUCUGCCGGCAGUUGCAACUGUCCAACCCAGGUACCAUUGUGGAAAUCAUGACCACACAUAACGCAGAAAGGGGUACAGGGUACGCAAAUUUCUUGUACGCAUUUUGGGCGUUCAAGCCUGCAUUAGAUGGUUUCCGCUACUGCAUCCCGGUUAUUUGUGUUGACGGUACCCACUUGUACAACAGGUACAAAGGUCAUCUCCUCCUAGCCUGCGGAUAUACCGCCAACAAGGAAAUCUAUCCACUGGCAUAUUCGAUCGUGGACUCCGAAAAUAAUGCCAGUUGGACUUGGUUUCUUCGACUUCUGGCCGAAAAUGUCUUUCCACAUCACAAUUCCAUGUGCAUCGUCUCGGAUAGACACGCUGGAAUCGAUGCGGCGUUUAAUUCCGUCGAACAAUUGAAGGGGGGUCGUGUCAAACGCCGGUUUUGCCUAAGACACAUUCGCAGCAAUGUCAUGUCAAGGGUGACCAGAAAUAGGCGGUUACGCAAACUUGUGUGGGAAGCUGGUACUGCUGUGACAAGGGAUCAAUUCCUUCAACACAUGCACGCAAUCCAAAUCAAAUGGCCCGCUGCAUACGCCUAUCUUGCCGACAUUGAUUUCGAUAAGUGGACAUUAUCUCACGACGAUGGUCACCGGUACGGUAUCAUGACGACCAAUCCGUCUGAGUCACUAAAUAAUUCACUAAAGUGUUGUCGGAUGUUACCCGUCACGGCAAUAGUCCGAAUGACUUUUCACAAGUUACGGACUAUGUUUGCCGACAGGCGUACUGCGGGAGAGGGGAUGUAGCAACACGGCCUGCGAUUCACGACUAACAUUACCGAUGAUUUGUCAGCUCGAAACAAUGAGGCAAGCGGUGCUAGCGUUCAACGUUACAAGGACGCCCUCGGAAUCUAUGGUGUUGCCCUAAAUACUAGUUACGUUUCCCAAAGUCAACAAUAUCACUUUCAAGUGAAUCUAACGGAACGUACGUGUAACUGCGGCUUGUGGAACGUCAACGGCUUACCUUGUGCACAUGUGAUUGCAGCAUGCAAUUACCGAGGGCAAGGAUUCGGCCCAUUAGUGCCAGAUGUUUACUCGGUUGAAAAUUACAGGAACUGUUAUGCCGGUAAUUUUUACCCCGUAGACGAAAGAAUUCAGUGUACCGGUCCAGUUACUUGCCUUCCACCAAUUUCUGCUAGGCAACCAAAUCAACAAGGACAGCGCCGCACGCGUAGGUAUUCAAAUGAAAUGGACUUCGGUUCAAAUCGAAGUAGAAGAUGUAGGUAUUGUCGGAGGACAACUCAUUCUU